ACAUUUAAAUAUAAAACUGAUACCUACGAUAUUCCGGGAACCCCUGUUCUAUCAAAAAUUAUAAAGCGAAAAAAAAAAAAUAAAUUAAAAAUUUUAGUAUCAAGCCUUACUGCGUGCAAGCCAAGUGGUACAAGUUGAACACUUUGAUAAUAAAUUCAAAGCCAAAAUAUCUAACAAAAAAAAUCAAAAAUGUUUAUAAAUAAUUUUCUAUUGUUAAUAAUAACAACAUCAAUUAUCCAUCAUGUUAUUUGUGAUCCAUUAAAGAUUGAUUUAUAUAAUUUACAACAUGAUUAUACUGAGGAAAAAUUGAUUAAAUAUGAUGAAGUUCUUCAUGCCUCAAAUCCAGGUUACGAUACUGUUGUUUUAUACAAAUUUUUAAAUGCAGAAUAUUAUGGUGAGAUUGGAAUUGGUUAUCCAAAGCAAACUUUCAAAGUUAUUUUCGACACAACAUGGGCUGAUACAUUUGUUCCAUCACAGCAAUGUGGAUUCACCGAGUGGGCCUGCAUGAUGCAUACAAGAUAUGACCAUACAAAAUCAUCAACUUACAGAGCAAAUGGUGCUACAUUUGAACGUGCUGACAGUGAAAUGUCAUUGAAAGGUUUUUUAUCUGUCGAUGAUUUUCAUCUGGCACACUUGAAAGUUGUCAAUCAAACAUUUAUUGAAAUGACACAUUUGUCCUUGAAACCAUUUGGAGCAACAAAAGCUGAUGGAAUUGUUGGACUUGGUUUUGACUCAUUAGCUGUUAAAGGAGCAAAACCAUUUUUUUACAAUAUGAUUAAUCAAAAUAUUGUGAAGGAAAAUAUAUUUACUUUUUACAUGAACAUUGAUGAAACAACAAACAAAGCUGGUCGUUUGAUACUUGGUGGAACUGAACGAUCACAUGUUAAAGGUAAUUUAACAUUUUUACCAGUAACAUCAAAAGAUUAUUGGAGUGUUUCACUUGAUAGAAUGAUCAUUCAAACUACUGAUAAAAGUAAAACAACAUAUACUUUUUGUGAUAAUGGAUGCAGUGUUAUGAUGGACACUUCAGCAAAUACCAUCUCAGGACCAGCUGAAGUUGUUAAAAAAAUUAACAACAUUUUGGGAGCCAAAGAAAUUUUACCAACUUGGCCUUACAAAUCAAUGGUUGAUUGUCGAGGAUUUUCAAAACUUCCUCAUGUUACAUUCGUUUUUGCUGGUAGAAAUUUUACAAUUGAAUCGAAAUAUUACGUUCAGCAUCUUACUUAUAUGGGAAUGCAAAUAUGUUUAUCACCAUUUGUUAUUUCUCCUCAAAAUUAUUGGGAAAUUGGAGGUGCAUUUUUGAUGCAAUUUUAUACUGAAUUUAAUAUUGAUAAACGAACAAUUGCCAUUGGAGAAACACUCAUGUAAAAAAAACGAUGAAAAAAUAAUCUUAUCAUAAAAAUAUAAAUAUUUCUUUGUAACAAUAACAACAAUUAACUUUUUUAUAAUUUUAAAAUUUUUUAAUAAAUAAAAUUACAAUUUA